AUGUCCAACAACAAACCGGUUACCAUGGGUCUCGCCGAAGCCCAGAAUGGAAUCUCUCUCGAACUGCGCAAUAACAUUUAUUCCGCGCUUCUUUCAGGCGACGGCAUCCGCAACAUUGAAGGCGCUCUUGACCGCCAGCUUGCCGAGUCUGGCUUCAAGGACGAGCUCAGGCGCUACGUCACCGACCUCCUGCGCUCAGGCCAAGCUUCAACCGCUGAUGAAGCAAAGAAACUCGCCAUGGAGAAGAUCAGGCGCCAGAUGCAGGGUGAUGAUGACCAGAACAACGAUACCAACGGCACCAACGGUCUCAAUGGCGCCAAUGGAGACGAGCAGAAGUACGACUUGAAAAUCCCAAACAAGGCCAUUGUGGAAGGAACCAAGGCCGUGCGCAAAGAGCUGGAGAAAGUGUGCGAAAUCACUGAAGAAGACUCGUGA